AUGGCUCGCACUUCGCAUAAUGAGGGUGGAGUGAGCACAGAAGGUGAGGGCUUUGAGCGGAGACCCGAUAAGAUAAAUGCACUACUUGCAGAUGAGGUUCUUUCAAUCUCCGACGACGAGGAUGAUAACGAAUCCGAAUCGGAACUCUCCAAUGCUGACAAGAAAGGCAAACGUAAAGCUCUUGAGCAAGUGGAAUGGUCAGACGAUGAUGAAGAGGAAAACCCUUACGAGAAAUUCAAGAAGAGGAAGUCUGAAAAACGCAAGAAGCUGAAUGCACAAAAGAAACGUAUAAAGGAGCGAGCAAAAGAUGCGAAGCAGGCGAAGGAGAAAGGAGGCUCGUCCAAAACAAACGAAAGAGUAUGGGGCGACGAUUCGGAUUACGAAAUGGACGAUGAAAUCCCCGAAUAUUUACAACUUAGACGGAAGGAAUUCGAUACGAAUCUAGAAAAAAUGAAGAGCGCCGGCCUUCAGCUCCCCCCUGACUAUUCCGAUAUCUAUUUCUCGGAUGAUGAGAGAUUAGCAGAGCUUGAAGAACGACCAGACUUUCCUAGUACUGUGGAGCCAUCAAGACCCUAUGCAGAUAUUAACAUGGAGUUAUCCAACGGUGUCAUACCAGCAUCCAUUGCACAAUAUCUUCGAGAUUAUCAGGUGGAUGGAGUCAAAUUUCUCCAUGAAAAAUUUGUCUACCAGAAAGGUGGUAUCUUAGGGGACGACAUGGGAUUGGGAAAAACUGUACAAGUGGCUGCUUUUCUAACUGCUGCCUUUGGCAAGACAGGAGAUGAGCGAGAUGGAAAUCGUAUGCGAAAAGUGAAGAACGUCGACGAAAAACGAUGGUAUCCUCGAGUCCUUAUUGUUUGCCCUGGCUCUUUGAUUCAGAACUGGAAGAAUGAGUUGAUGAGAUGGGGAUGGUGGAAUGUUGAAAAGUUUCAUGGAGGUGUGAAGGAGAAAGAAUUCGUACUUCGGAGUGCGCAAUCUGGCCGGGUUGAAAUUGUCAUUACUACAUAUGCAACAUACAAGAAUCAUAAGGAUGCCCUGAACACCAUUUCUUGGGAUUGUGUUGUGGCUGAUGAAUGUCAUCAACUCAAGGAACGGACAUCCCUUACGACUCAGGCAAUGAAUGAAAUUAAUGCCCUGUGUCGCAUUGGACUAACAGGAACGGCGAUACAAAAUAAGUACGAAGAACUUUGGACGCUGCUCAACUGGUGCUCGCCUGGCAAGGUUGGUCCGUUGGCUACUUGGGUUUCCACCAUCUCAGAACCUCUACGAAUCGGACAAAGUCAUGAUUCCACUAAUCAACAGGUGAAACGGGCCAGAGAGACUGCAAAGAGGUUGGUUAAUAACCUUAUGCCUCAUUUCUUUCUACGGAGGAUGAAGACAUUGAUCGCCCAUCAACUCCCGCGAAAGACGGAUCGAUUGUUACCAUGUCCGCUUACUGAUCUUCAACGAGAAGCGUAUGAGAGGUUUCUUGAGAGUGAUGUCGUACAAUUCGUCAGAAACCACGGCGAGCCAUGCGAUUGUGGCAAAAAGUUAACGCGUGGCGGCUGUUGUCAUUCUAAGAUACCUGGUACCAACACGAAAUGGCAGGCUAUGGUAUUUCCUAUCAUGGCAACACUUCAGAAGUUAUCGAACCACUUGGCUCUUCUCCUGCCUAAUGACGGGGAUCCUAGGGAAAAGCAAGAACGAGAUCUGGAAUUCCUCCAAUUGAUGCUACCAGAUAGAUGGGAGGAACUAUACAAAGCUCGAGAUUCAAUUGCGAAUCUGUCAAACCCCGAGUUUUGUGGGAAGUGGAAAGUGUUGAGGAAGUUAUUGAAACAUUGGCACGAGGAAGGGGACAAGGUUUUGAUCUUUUCUCAUAGUGUCAAGCUAUUGAGGAUGCUUCAACAUUUGUUCCAGAGUACUAGCUACAAUGUUAGCUUCCUCAGCGGCGAAAUGAAGUAUGAGGAUCGUCAGGAUACGGUAGAUGAUUUCAAUUCUGAUCCCAAUCAAUUUAUCUUUUUGAUAUCAACUAAGGCCGGAGGCGUUGGCUUGAAUAUCACCAGUGCUAAUAAAGUUGUUAUCUUUGAUCCCAAUUGGAACCCCAGUUAUGAUCUACAAGCCCAAGAUCGAGCAUACAGAAUAGGUCAGCUCCGAGAUGUUGAUUCAUUUCGACUUGUUUCCGCUGGAACUAUUGAAGAAGUUGUUUAUGCUCGUCAAAUAUACAAGCAACAGCAAGCUAACAUCGGAUACAAUGCUUCAAUGGAGCGUCGAUAUUUUAAGGGUGUACAAAAUGCUGCUGGCCAAAAAGGAGAGAUCUUCGGAUUAGAUAAUUUAUUAUCUUUUCACGCGGAUGAAAUUCUACUUCGAGAUAUCGUCAAUAAAACUAACGUCGCAGAGACGAGAGCAGGAGUCGCCAUGGCUAGUUUUGAUGUGCAAGCAGCACUUGACGAUGACGACAACCCUCUUCGCGUAGACGAUGAUGAUCCUAAUGGUGCUAUGAGUCAACUUGCCGCUCUGAUAACUGAAAAUGAAGAAGAUAUCAAACGCAUGAAGAGACUCACUCCAAAAUCUGAUCCCAUAGCCGCAAUCCUAGCAUCAGCUGGCGUGGAAUACACGCACGAAAACUCGGAAGUAGUCGGCUCGUCAAAAGUAGAAGAAAGACUAAGUCGUCGUGCAGAAGAAACAGGUGGUGAAAUUGGAUAUGGUGGAGAAUUACUCUUUGGACCCAUGUCGCGACAAGCGGAAAAUGGAAAUAUACGUUAUGAGUUCCACCCCCCAGAGGAGGUUAUCAAGAGACAGUUCUGUACGAUGGCAAAAAUGUUUGGGUUUUCUAGCGCGACGGAAUUUGCUUUUGUGGUGGAGGGAUGGACGCAGAAACAGAGGACGGAUUGUUUGGAGAGGUUCUAUUUGAAGAGGAGAGAGAGGCUGGAGGAGUUGGAUAGGGAGAAAGCGGAGAAGGAAAAUGCUGAGAGAAUGGAGAGGGAGAGAGAGCAGGCAGAGGCUAAUCUGGAGGGAGAGACGGAAAGUGAUAAUGAUGAAUUGUGA